AUGGAUAGAUAUAUUUUACUACUAACUUUAUUACUAGUAGUUCCUCUACGAUGUAGGGGGAGUCCUGAUUGUGAUACCUUUAUGGACUGUAAGACCUGCACGAGUCAUGAAUCAUGGAUUGGGGUAUGUCGCUGGUGCCCAUUAGAUCGCCAAUGUCAUGCGCAUGGGUCCCUUGAGAACACUUGUAAGGAGGAUCAAAAUAUCGAGGAUCCAUUACAGUGUCCAGUUGAUCAUAAAGCGUAUGGUGUUUACAACCCUCAACUGGCGUACUCAUCGACUCUUCUAUCGGCGAUAGCUUAUACUGAUACUCCGACAGAAUGCAUGGACACUAUUUUCCCAGAUGGUGGCUUUGAACUAUUAUACGCAAUUGGUCGCAGGUGCGAGGACUUUUCUUUGUUUGAAUAUGAGGAAUGUUACGCAUACACAGCUAUUUCGCAUAAAAUGAAGAUGAUAAUACUGGCCUACCGUGGCACUACUACUACUUCUGGAAACGACCAGCUCUACGAUGAAAUUCUGUCAGUUUUGACAACACCAAAAACACCCUUCAUUAUUGGCGGCGAAGUCCAAUAUUAUUUUAAACAAGCACAUGACAAACUGUUCCAAUGUGUUCGUAGCAGCAUAGAAGAAAUGGUCAGGCAAUAUCCGGAUUAUGAUGUUGUAAUAACUGGCCAUUCACUUGGUGGGGCACUAGCUUCACUCUCCGCGGCGUCACUUAUAUAUACAGGUGUUGUACGUGAAAAUAAAUUGUCUUUGUACACUUUCGGAAUGCCAAGAGUUGGAGACAAGGACUAUGCUUUUAAUCACGACAAGAUUGUUAACAAUAGUUGGCGUGUCGUUCACGGAAGAGACAUCGUUGCACAUAUUCCAACUUGUAACUUAUUGCUAGGAUGUAGAGUAACAGCAGAUGGUCCAUACCAUCAUCGCACAGAAAUUUUCUACAGAACAGAUCCAAUGACCGUAGGUUCCACUUACGAACAGUGUGAAGGGGACGAAGAUGACCAAUGUAGCGACGGCCUUGUAACAGACAACUGGUGCGUGACGGAUUUAGGUGAUUGCAUCGAUUAUCAUAAAGUGUACUUUGAAAUUCCAGUCGGUACUUACUGUGCUGAAAAAGUCCCUCGAAGAAAACGAAGUGCUACUGAACACUCUUUGAUGUGGGAUAAAUUUUCAAGUGAUCAAUGCCGGCGAAUCGAUAUAUCAAGAAUCGAUAUAUCAAAAGAAUUUACGGACGACAGCGCAUCUGACGUGGAAGAAAAGGCUGUUAGGCCUACUUCAGACUCUUCUCCAGACACGCGUAAAAUACAAGAAAGCUUGUUAAUUUUGAUAACCUUUAUGACCUUAAAAAUGGUUUUUAUGUGA